AUGUCGAUGGUUUCCAAGGUCCCUUUUCAGCUCUCGGGUCGGUAUGCCGAGCGUAAUCGGUGGGAAGUUCUCAACGGCCCGGGCGACUCACGAGUAACGGGAAGUCAAAUCAUCCAAGAUGAAGGUCUAACUGACCAAUGGGGCGACAAGGUCAUCCUGGUUACCGGCGUUUCUUCUGGAAUUGGCGUUGACACUGUGCGCGUCUUGGCAUCUACGGGAGCAACUAUCUUUGGCACAGCCCGGAAUCUUCCAAAGGCGAAGGAGGCCCUGGCUGAGGUGCUCGAUACUGGGCGUUUGAAGCUUCUUUUCAUGGACCAGACAGACCUCUCGAGUAUUCGGGCAUGUGCUGAGGAGUUUCUGAAAGAGAGCUCCAAACUCAAUAUUCUUAUCAACAACGCGGCGGUGAUGAACACCCCGGAGGGUCUUACCAAAGAUGGCUUCGAGCUACAGUUUGGAACAAAUCACCUGUCGCAUUUCCUGCUCUUCUACCUAUUGAAAGAUACCCUAGUGGAAACCGCACGUUCAACGCCCACGUUCCAUUCCCGUGUUAUCAACGUCUCCUCGUCGGGCCACCGUUACAGUCCUAUUAAUCUGGACAAUGUCAACUUCGAAGGGAACUACAAUGGUUGGCUUGCUUACGGGGCUAGUAAGACAGCCAAUAUAUAUAUGGCCACCCAAAUCGAGCGCUUGUAUGGAUCACAAGGACUUCAUAGCUAUAGCUUACAUCCUGGGGCCUUCAUGAGUCCCAACCUCCAGAAACACUCCCAGGAUGAAAUGCGCGCAGUGAUGCAGGACAAACGCGCGCUAGCCUAUUUAUCCAGUCUCGAACAGGCCUGUGCAACGACCAUCUAUGGCUCUGUCUCGAGUGAACUGGAAGGGAAAGGCGGAUUGUACUUGGAGGGAGCAUCCAUAGCAGCUCUUCCAACUCCUUCGGAUGGGGAUGCACUUGAAUAUGGAUACGGUAGUUGGGCAUUUGACGAGACAAAGGAAACGGAGUUGUGGAAGCUUAGCAAAUCUUGGGUAGGAGUAGAGUAA